AUGCUCGAUCGUAAUUUAGUGGACAGUACCAUUGUAGAAGAUCUGGUAGUGACCGAUAUGAAAGACUUGAAUCCAGUUGAAAUAACAAGACUGUAUACAAGAACCGAGAUACCGGUAACAGACGGACAAAUCCCUACACCUGGAAUGGUUAAACGGUGGCAGCAUCUUCGCGAAAUUGCGAAGCUGAUUCCAGAGUUUCAACCAGAUGUCGAGAUUGGUUUGUUAAUCGGUAGCAAUUGCCCAGCAGCACUCGAGCCUUUAGAAGUAGUACCCAGUCGAGGUGAAGGUCCCUUCGCGAUGCGGCUUCGUCAUGGAUGGACUUUGAAGAGACCUUUGUCUAUAUCCAACACAUCACAAUCUGACAUCACGUGUCAUCGAAUUACUGUUCGUGAAACCAAUGAUACAGUUAAAGAAGUUAUUUCACCCGAGGCUAUUGGAAGAAUGUUUGAAUUGGACUUCAACGAUCAUAAAGUUGGUCCUGAUGAACGAAGCUUUUCCCAAGAAGACAAGAAAUUUCUAACUAACAUGGAUAAUGGCAUUCGUCUACCCAAGGGCCAUUAUGAGACACCCUUUCCAUUCAGAAAUCCAGAGAUGAUAUUGCCAAACAACAGAAAUCAAGUAUUGAAACGAGCAUUAUGGCAGAAAAAGAAAAUGCAACGUGAUACUAAAUACCACCGUGAUUACAGUAACUUUAUGAACGAAAUCAUUUGCAAAGGUUACGCUCGAAAAAUACCCGAGAACGAGGUUCGUCCAGCAUCUGGCCAAGUAUGGUACAUCCCACAUCAUGGCGUCUAUCAUCCGAAAAAGCCUGAGAAAAUACGCGUUGUUUUUGACUGUAGUGCUGAUUAUGCUGGAACAUCACUAAAAAAAUUACUGCUACAAGGUCCUGAUCUUACAAAUUCUCUUAUCGGUGUCCUUACGCGCUUGAGAAAAGAACCAAUAGCCUUUAUGACGGACGUAGAGGCUAUGUUCCAUCAAGUGUGGGUACCAGAAGAACAGUGGAACUACUUGAGGUUUCUUUGGUGGCCAGAAGGUGAUUUGAAUGGGGAAAUAGAAGAGUAUCAAAUGGUGGUCAUUUAUUCGGAGCAGUCUCCUCACCAAGUUGCUGUAACUACGCGUUAAGGAAGACUGCCGCAGACAACGAGUCAGAUUAUCCAGUUGUUGCUGAAACUAUUCGAAGAAACUUCUAUGUCGAUGACUGUUUGCGGUCAGAUACAACUGAAGAAAGCGCCACGAAGUUAGCACAAGAUCUGAAGAUGGUGUGCGCAAAAGGAGGAUUUUGUUUGACCAUGUUUGUCAGUAACAGUCGUGCGGUUCUCGAGACGAUCCCGGUUGAAGAACGUUCAAAAGAAACCAGAACAUUGGAUUUAAACCGAGACAUGCUACCUAUCGAACGUGCUCUUGGCAUGCAGUGGUGCGUCGAAUUAGAUGCUUUUGAAUUUCGAAUCGUCCUUACCAAUAAACCACCUACUAGAAGAGGAAUAUUGUCAACUGUUUCCUCCGUCUACGAUCCUCUCGGUUUCGCGGCUCCGUUUAUACUCCCCGCGAAAAAGAUACUUCAAGACCUUUGUCACGAAGACAUCGGCUGGGAUGACGAAGUUUCUGAUGAACACAGGAUUCGUUGGGAAAGAUGGCUAACUGAGCUUCCUUUACUUCAGAAAUUGCAAGUUCCACGAUGUGUUAGACCAAAAGAUUUUGGAAAAGUGGUUUCUCAAGAAAUUCAUAUUUUCUCCGAUGCCAGCAUAACAGGCUAUGAAGCGGUAGCGUACCUUCGUUUAUGCGAUGAAAGUGAUAACAUCCAUACCACGCUUGGAACUCAGCGCCGCAGCAGUAUCCGUUCGUAUCGGAGCGCUGUUAAAGAGUGA